AUGGCCGAUAAAUCCGUCCCCGUCAACUCCGCCGCCGCCGCCACCACCACCACCACCCCCAUCUACGUCCCUUCCUCCGCCGCGUCCCCUACUCCUCCUCCCAUCCCCGCCCCCUUCCCCACUCCAGUCCCAAUCCCCGCCCCCAUUCCUUCCAACUUUAUUAGUUCGUCGUUCACUUUUCUGACCGACAGGUCUUUCCCAUCCUCCCACCGAGGCGCCGUCGCGCCUCCACCGUAUGUUCGUCCCGGCCAUUUCGUCGGGGCGCCGCCUUCAAUCAUUCCCCCAGCAGAAUAUCGAGAAGCCAGCCGGGAUGAUCUAGUGAGUCAGCUCGAUAAUUUAGCUUGCUUACGGUACAAGCUUUACAAGCCACUUGAUAUGACAAAGAGAAUUGUGUUCCAAGAUCUUGCUCCUUACCUAUGGUUUUCGUUUGGCACAAUAGCUAUACUUUUUCAGGAACUGCUUGACAUCUAUCCGUUCUUGUCUCCUCCAUGCCUAUCGCCAGAACAAUCUUACAGAGCGUGCAAUGUGCUUGUACUUCUUCAGUGUAUUACCUCUCACCCAACUACUAGGCCUUUAUUUGCUGAAGCACGCAUACCAUAUUAUUUAUGCGCGAUCCUCGACCUAAUUGAUGAUUCCUUAUCCGAGCCUUUUGAGCACCUGAGGCUUGCUACUUUGGAUGCCAUGUGUUCUCUGGUGAAGGUUCCAGACACAGAAGUGAUCGAUUGCAUUCUCUACUCAGAAAUAAUGCCGCUGUGCCUUCAAAUCUUACAGUGUGGAAGUGUUAUGUCAAAACCAUUCGCGGCAUUCAUUGUGGAAAAGCUUUUGCUAAACAAUGACUAUUUCCAACAUAUUUGUCAUCUGCCGAAGCGGUUAUUUCCUGUAUGUCAUGCACUGGGAAAUGUGGUUGCUUUACUCGCUGAAGCGCCCUCUGCUCAGCUGUUAAAUCAUGUCAUUAGGUGUUAUCAUCGUUUCCUCGAUGAUGAAAGAAGUCACUGGACAAUGAGAAAUCCCUUCCCGAAGGCGCUUACCGAUGGCACAUUCGAUCACUGUCUUCGUGAAGAACAAAGGGCAAGAAUGUUGCUACAACAGCUGCUGGACAAUGUUCGAGGACCUCCGGUUCCUUACCCAUCUAGAUCGUUGAAGCAAUUACGAGAAGUCGUGACAACGCUUGUACUAAUUUUCUUCUGGCGAGCAGUUAGUUCUAUUCGGUUAACUUUUCGAGUGUAGUGAAUGGUGGACUGUGAUCCAUGGAGUUCAAUGUCAGUUAUCACUUGUCCUGGCGACAUCUAGCAUCUGCUAUUUAUGCCGUGGGCAAUUAUAAACCACUGCCAAAACGAAGAAAUUAGCUAUAUAAGGAUGUUCGUACGAUCGGUCCAGAUUUUCUUUCAAAUGCUUUCCCAGUUCUCCUGCCUCCUCAGAUAUCUGAGACCUUCACCAUUUUAGUGUUCCAUCGGGUUAUCUUACUUGUCACGACUCAUGUUCUGUUUAUUGCUUGAAUAAAAGAUAUAAAACUUUGGCAACUCAAAAUUACAAAAUAAAAGAAGAGAAAGUUUUAGCUGGGAUAAGUUUACUCUUUGGAUCCCUAUGUUAGUGAAUUAUGAUUGCUCAUGGGUGUUUAAUCACCGAAAGUACAGGUUUGUUGUUUUUUUAUAUCAUUGAAGGUACGAUAAUUAUCUCUGAGUACAUUGCAUCUCCACCCAUCCAAAAAGAAAAAAAAAGGAACAGUAAAGAGGAGAAAUUGUAAAAGAAUCAAAAAGCAAUAUACCGUUACCAUUCUGAAAGGGAAAUAGAAUGCAGAUCUCGAUGCUCAAUGCUUCUGUUUAUUUAAUAUUAUCUCUUUCCUUGGAAGAUAACUUCCUCUGCAACUGCAAUCGUUAAGUUGGCUAAGUGAAUAAUUAUUGUUGAUGCUUUGUUAGUUAUGAAAACGUUGCAACUCUUUGAGCAGUUUAUAUCUUGAAAACAGUUGACAGGACAGCUAUUAUUAUAGUAAAUGUUAAUUUAUUACUUCUUUCAUGACGAACUCCAAUACUAGUCGGGAGUUCGGACAUUUCUCUGUACUGAAGGGUGCAAUAAAAUCUUUUAUCAUUAUGCAUUUCUGUCUUCGUACUAUGUAAAUUAAGUUGAUUAGUACAUAUCCCAUGAAAUUUUCAUUUCCUGUUUGAACUCUGAAGAAAUCAUUUUCUUUUGCUGUUCAUCUUUAGCUGUGAUUGAUGAUGAAAAAUCGAACCAGUAUGAAGAAUUUAGGGAGCACUGGAUUUUCUUCAACGGUUUGGUAAUGAUGCAAGUGCUGGAUUUAGUUGUUUCUGCAUUACUUAUUGACCGUAUUCCAUUUUAUUUUGUAAUAUGUUUUAAUUGUACAGUGGUAUGGUGAUAAGUAGUCCUGGUUGUGUACUCAUCUGGAUUUUCUUGCACAGCGCUUACUCUUUUAAGUUUACGAUUAUUCCUUUGCUUCUUUUGGCCUGAGAUCACACUACAGAGGAAGCUCUCCUGGGUUCAUUGCUAUACGGCUUCGAUACCUCAGACCAUAUUUGUUAAAAUUAAGGUCAAUGCGCAAUCUUGGUUAAAUUACGAUUUUGGGAUGAAUUAUGGAGUAAACUGGAUAUGAAGGGGUAUUUUAGUCUUUAGUAGGAUUGAUGUCCUAAUUCCUUUUUAGUCUUUGUUAGGAAUUAUUUUGAUGUCCUAAUUCUUAUUGGAUGGUAUUUUGGUGC